AUGUCUGCGGGUGUUCGCCGACACGUCUGGAGGUCUUGCAAGGUGCUCACUGUCGAUAUGGCCUUCCCGAGACCUUCCCUGAGCCAUAGAACGAGUACUGAGCGAGGCAUCGAGCGUUGUGUGAAGGCGACAUCGCGAGACGCGAGGUGGCUGAGGCGUGUGGCGCGCAGGUGGCGCGAGACCUUUAUCCACGGACUAGCGGGUAACGGUACCGGAUAUUCCACGGCGCUGUCUAGCUCAAUUCUUGCGCAAUUGGUUCAUAAGGCCCCUCUAUUCGUUCCAGGCAUCAACACCAGCAUAGUGAAGAUGUCACCGAGGCGAUACACACACAAGAACGCGCGCGAGGCCAAUUUCCAGAGUCGGAGGCCGAUAUGGAAUAUAUUUUGUUCGGUGACAACACCCGCAGCCAAAGUGGUAUUAGUACUAGUAGUGGACAGAAGAGAAGGCACGCAUCGAGCUAAAUUGAGGCCACACUUUUCAUUGUGUACAUACCCUACUACGGAUGCCCUACUGACCACAGCUCGUAACAUCCAAAUGUUCCACCAGGAUCGCCUCAAACUCCCAAUACACGUCUCGUUCGAACGCCGUGUGCCGCGCCGCGCCGCCGCCAGCUGGCACGAGCGCUUACGGCCUCCGACUCUGGAAUUGGCCUCGCGCGCGUUCUUUAUCGAGGAGCGGACGGUGCCGGGACGGGCUGGGGACUCGGACGCGCUUCCUCAAUACGCAACCUACCCACCUCACUCGGCGGCCAAGACCGCUCCCCUACACCCCAGCGACCCGAUCCCCACGCAAACCCAGACCUUCGUUCAGAACUCGCUCAAGAACGUCCGCACGACCUACCUCCACAGCUUCCUUCUGCACUCCUCACUCUCGCGCCUGAUUCAUAAUGCCGCCGCGUGGCGCGCGAUCGUUGAGCUUCAAUAUUCCGACACAGUGCGCACGAUUGGCCCUUGGGAACAACAACACGUACGACAGGUGUUUGUCGGUAUUGUCGCGAGCGCGGGAUCCAGUACAAAUCGUUAUGGACGCUCUCCGGCUCGUGCACUCCCGCGCAGGGGGGCUUCCCAGUCAAUAGCGGGUGCCAGUGUGGGCCCGGCGUCUGCCCCGGCGAGUCCACUGCCACUCGGCACGAUCGCCUACACUUCCCCCAUCCCCCGCCUUGCUCCCUCCGUACGCGUUACCGAUCCUCCUAACCACUACCGAUCCACACGCCUUGCCGAUGAGUACGGCCGCAACCUCAAAAUUGCGAGCGACGUCAUUGCGCAAGAAGAAGCAUACGAUAGGCUGUGUAUCUCUGGAAAGCAGGGCCUGCGGGUCAAAGUCAUGCGGAUCAACGACACACGAAGAUUCAACGUAUUCGAAGUACAGCUCUUCUUCCGUCUCGCGGAGAUCCUGCGCGACCACCCGGGACCACUCGAGAGCUGCAUGACAUCAAACGUCGACGCGUUGGAAACCUCCACCAUCGGCCGCUUGCGGGUCUUCAAUAGGCCCGCGACGAACCUCGGAUUCCAAGACGUCGAGAUGGACACGGAUGGCUCUGGUGUAGAGGACGGACGGUCCUUGAAGCCUGUGGCUCUGCAAUUAUUUGGCGUUUCCUCCUUCCUAGUACCCCCAUUUGCCCCGGAGGACUAUACGCGUGCCCCCAUUGGACGACUGGCAUCCAAUAGCUUGAUUCCAGUAAAGGCCCGCAACCUAGCCACGCAGGCUGUCGCGAACAAUGUGCAUAACCGUAUCAUCGGGGUCGAAGUGAGACGUGCAUUACUUCGCCAGGCGCCGCGCACAAUGACACACCUCGCCUCGCUACAGCGCAACCCCUCAGCCGCCAUGACAUAUGAAAAGCCACUCUAA